GCAGGAGGGGGAGUGUCCUGCCCGUUUACAGGUGGUGAAGUUGAAGUCUUGCGUCCAGAGCUGUGCGCGCGGUUGUCAGGAGCAUGGAUGCGCGCGCGUCUUUUCCCAGUCUCCCCUCAGAAGAUGGUCCUCGCAGCGCGCGCCGGGUGAAGUGAGCGUGCUCUGCAGACCCCCCUCAGUGUCCAGCCAUGGAGCUGGAGAGCAGCGCGGGAAACGAGACCCUCAGACUGGAUAGCGGGAACGGGACAGGGCGCGUGACUGAAGAGGACUACAGCAGCCUCGUGCACCUGACCGAGACCAAAAUCCUGCCUGUGUUCAUCGGAUUUCUCUGCUUCACUGGGCUCGUGGGCAACAUCCUCGUGCUGGUGACCAUUUUAAGGUCCAGUAAGAAGACGGUGCCCGAUGUGUAUGUCGGUAAUCUGGCCGUAGCUGACCUUGUGCAUGUGACUGUAAUGCCCUUCCUCAUCCACCAGUGGGCACGUGGAGGACACUGGGUGUUUGGCAGCUCUCUCUGCACCAUCAUCACCUCCAUGGACAACUGCAAUCAGGUGGCAUGUGCCGCGGUAAUGACCGCCAUGAGUCUGGACAGGUACCUGGCCCUGGUUCAUCCUUUCCGUCUGAUGAGCCUCCGGACCAGGUCAAGGACGAUCCGCAUUAAUCUGUUUGUGUGGGUGACGUCCUUCAUCAUGGUGCUUCCAGCUUGGCUCCACUCGAAGGUGAUCCGCUUCAAGGAUGGACUGGAGAGCUGCUCGCUCAACCUGGUGUCUCCCAAAGAGGUGCUGUGGUAUACACUCUACCAAACCAUGACAUCCUUCUUCCUCCCUUUACCCCUCAUCCUCACCUGCUACAUCCUCAUCCUUUGCUACACCUGGAGAAUGUACUGCAAGAACAAGCAAGCGCGCAGGUACAGCACCAGCGUGCCCCGUCAGCGCGUGGUCCGGCUCACUAAGAUGGUUUUGGUGCUGGUGGCCGUGUUCUUAAUCAGUGUGGCACCAUAUAACAUCCUGCAGCUGGUGAACCUGCAGGUGCCAAGGCCCUCGCUGGCCUACCACACCUGCUACUACCUGAGUGUGUGUCUGAGUUACGCCUCCAGUAGCAUUAACCCCUUCAUCUACAUCUCCCUCAGCGGACACUUCCGCCACCGCCUGGUCUGCCGAGACGCUCCCAGUGUUCCCAGCGGUGGAGAGCAGAAACCUGAGCCACGGGCCAGCUUCUGAAACAACACACUCUUACCUACAGUACUUGAAGAAGGGAUUGGUCCAUAGGAGCGAGUGGUCCAUUUUAUCAGUCAAUCAUUGGUGGUCAUUAUGACUGUUUUUGAGACAUCUGUAAUGCUCUGUAAUGUUCACAUCAUCCAUGUGGUCAUUGUGACAGACUGCAGUACACCACAGGAAGUGUAGGGGGCGACAUGGAGCACUCCAGCAUUUCUCCUGGAAUCAAGAGUAUUAGACAGGGGUAACAGUCUCUACUCAUUUGGGAAGCUUUACCCUGGAUGGUGGAACAUGUUCUGUGAGGAGGAUUUGAUUGUAUUCAUCGAGAGAGGUAUUGGAUGGAGCUCCAUCCCUCCAGAAAACACAGCUCCAAAGUCAAAUGCAUGGGACUUUUAUCACUUUUACGAUGUUAGGCAUGGUGCAUUAUGACCUUCUGGUUUAGAGGGUCCUAUUCUAUUGGUCAGUUUGUUUCUAUGGAGAUGACUCAGCUGUAUAUAAACUGUAGUUAUCACACUGGAGCAUCAACAUCCCAGAUUGAAACAAAUGAUUCAAGCCCAGCCUGGCUGCAGUGUCUGGUAGCAUCACAGGUUUAACUCUGCAGAGCCUGGCUGUUAGCAUUGUGGCUCUAAUCACUCCAACUCUGACAAGCCCAGCUGCUGUCUGUUAGUAUUGCGGCUCUAACCCCACUGAGGCUAGCUGAUAGCAUUGCAGCUAAACCAGCCAAAACAUGCUGAGCCUGACUGCUGUGUUAAACUCAGCUGUUAGCAUUACGGCUAAACCAAUCAUAACAUGCUUAGCCCCGCUGCUGUGUCUGUUAGUAUUGUUGCUAUAUCUCUGCUAAGCCCAGCUGUUAGCAUUGCGGCUAAACCAACCAUACCACGCUGAGCCCAGGUGCAGUUUCUGUUAGUAUUGUGGCUAUAACCAUGUUAAACCCAGCUGUUAGCAUUACGACAAGUCAAUCAUACCAUGCUGAGCCUGACUGCUGUGUCUGUUAGUAUUAAAGCUGUAACCCUGCUGAGGCAAGCUAUUAAAAUUGCGGCUAAACCAACCAUAAAAUGCUAAGCCUAGCUGUUGAAUCUGUUAGUAUUGUGGCUAUAAACAUGUUAAACCCGGCUGUUAGCAUUGAAGCUAAACCAACCAUAAAAUUCUAAGCCUAGCUGUUGAAUCUGUUAGUAUUGUGGCUAUACUCAUGUUAAACCCAGAUGUUAGCAUUGCGGCUUAGCCAACCAUACCAUGCUGAGCCCGACUGCUGUGUCUGUUAGUAUUGUGCCUAUAACCAUGCAAAACCCAGCUGUUAGCAUUGCGGCUAAGCCAACCAUAACAUGCUGAGCCUGGCUGCUGUGUUUGUUAGUAUUGCAGCUCUAACCCUGCUAAUCCCAGCUCUUAGCAUUGCAGCUAAACCAACCAUAACGUGCUAAGCCCAACUGCUGUGUCUGUUAGUAUUGUGGCUAUAGUCAUGUUAAACCCAGCUGUUAGCAUUGCAACUAAACCAACCAUAACAUGCUUAACCUGGCUGCUGUGUCUGUGAGUACUGCAGCUUUAAUCCUGCUUAUCUUAGCUGUAAACCAACCACAACAUGCUGAGCCUGGCUACUGGGUCUGUUAGUAUUGUGGCUAUACCCAUGUUAAACCCAGCUGUUAGCAUUGUGGCUAAACCAGCCAUACAAUAUUGAGCCCGGCUGCUGUGUCUGUUAGUAUUGCAGCUCUAACUCUGCUAAUCCCAGCUGUUAGCAUUGCGGCUAAACCAACCCUGCCAUGCUGAGCCCAACUGCUGUGUCUGCUUGCAUUCUUUGACCACUUUUACUUCUUAAUCUGUCUACCUUCCACUGAGUAAAACCUCUACCCUUUAUGAGUUUGUCACUCUGCCGUUUUCAGACACUAUCUAAAAGAUGUCUUUCAAUUUCUUACAAAGGUCAGACACCCCACCUUGAUUCACCGACUCGCUGGAGAACAGGGAAUAUUGGCGUUCAUGUUUGACCUUUUUCAAGCAACGUCUGAGUCUGUGGGAACCAAGCGACCGUCUGUCAUGUCUGGCUUAAUUUGGGUGUAAAUACAAAUGCAGCAGCACAAAUGAAGAGACAUGAAUCAUGUAAUUAAUACAGGAAAAAAUGCUUCAGCUUCAAAUACACAGUGAAUAUAUUCAUGUGGGUUUGCACCAGCUAGCAUAAAAGGAUAUUAACGGUCAUCUUGUGUAGAAAUGAUACAGAAUCGUAAAUGUAAAUAGAGACAUAUAUGCUUAUAUUAAGCAAACUAAUCUACCAGUGGGGUAAGCAGUGUUUUGUUUAAAGAUUUCUUAAAAUAAGCAUCAACAAAGUCUGAAAAUGAGUAAAUUAAGAGUUAAAUCGAACCAAACCAUGUUUUGACACAAGAAUGAGAAUAACUUGACCGGUGAUUUUUUGUGCUUAUUUUUAGUUCAAAUAAGGUAAAAAUUUGAAGAUCAUUAUUCCUAAA